UGGAUUGGCCGGAAGGAAGGCGGAGGGGAACGCAGAGCUGGGCGAGCAUCGAUUGGGUGGCUCGUCGCGGGUGAGCGGGACGGGGACGGUGCCAGGGACGGGCCACGUGCCGCGAUAGAGCGAAACGGUGACUCUGCCUGGGAACCCGGCGAGAGGGCCUGACCGGAGGAAGUCCGAGCGCCGAGAGUCUCCAGGAAGGAGAAGGCCGGGGCUGGGGGAUGACACUGGGAGCCCCGUGUGGACAUGGCCCAGAAGGCUUCCCAGGGAAGGGGCCUCCCCACUGACUGGGACAGAAAUAAGCAAGAAGCAUGUUCCAGGCCCAGGGAACAGCAGGCGCAGAGACCUGGAGGUGGGAAGAAGGAAAUGGCAGCUGCCAGGCUCAGCCUGGGCCGAGUAUUCCCAGAAUCAUCUAUCCUGUUCCUGUGCGACAUGCAGGAGAGGUUUCGCCACCACAUCGCCUACUUCCCGCAGAUCGUCUCGGUGGCCGCUCGCAUGCUCAGGGUGGCCCGGCUGCUGGAGGUGCCAGCCGUGCUGACGGAGCAGUACCCAGAAGGCCUGGGCCCCACAGUGGCUGAGCUGAGGGCUGAGGACCUGCAGCCGCUGGCCAAGACCUGCUUCAGCAUGGUGCCCGCCCUGCAGCGGGAGCUGGACAGCCGGCCUCAGCUGCGCUCUGUGCUGCUCUGCGGCAUCGAGACACAGGCCUGCAUUUUGAACACAGCCCUGGACCUCCUGGACCAGGGACUGCAGGUCCACCUGGUGGUGGACGCCUGCUCCUCACGCAGCCAGGUGGACCGGCUGGUGGCGCUGGCCCGAUUGCGGCAGAGCGGUGUCUUCCUCUCCACCAGCGAGGGGCUCAUUCUGCAGCUAGUGCAAGAUGCCACCCACCCCCACUUCAAGGAGAUCAUGAAGAUCAUCAAGGAGCCUGCCCCGGACAGCGGGCUGCUGGGCCUCUUCCAAGGCCAGAACCCCCUUUUCCACUGAACUCCCGCCUUCUUGAGGAAAGACCACCCUCCUAUCACUCGGACCUCAGGGGAAGCGCUCCCCCCGCCCCCCAAUCCCCCGUUCCUGGAUCCCAAGAGUGGUGUAGUCCACCAGGAGUGCCGCCCUCUUGGGAGGGGAGGCCCGAUGCCACGUUCCCAUUGGGCGGCUGCUUCCGGAAAUGCAAAUGAGUCUCCUGGAAACUGGGCGGGAGUUGGCUGAGCGGAGAUGAAGGCGGGGCUCGGCCCCUGGGCCACUUCACUAGGCGGGAAGGGGAGGGGGAAGGAGUGUCACAGACUGUGGGACACGGACUUGCGGAAUAAACAUUGAUGUGACUGUG